UCGGGCGCCACCUAGCGCCUCCCGCCGGCAGUGUCCGCUCUGGGCGGGCUCCCUGGGUUUGAAUUGCGUCCCCCGGACCCCGCUGCCUGUCAUGUCUCGGUUCAGGAGGGGAGGAAUGACCGGGGACUCCCGGGAAGGUUUCCGUGACCAGAGGGCCAAGGAGCCGGCCGUUCCUCAGGGACUGAUCAAGGCGGCCAGGAAGAGCGGCCAGCUGAACCUGUCAGGAAGAGGCCUGAGCGAGGUUCCGGCGAGCGUUUGGAGAAUAAACUUGGACACCCCGGAGGAGGCGCACACCAACGUCCAGUUCGACGCGGCCGACCGCUGGUGGGAGCAGACGGAUCUGCUGAAGCUGUUCCUCUCCUCCAAUCGGCUGCAGUCUCUGCCCGACGACCUCCGGCUGCUCCCGGCCCUCGUGGUGCUCGAUGUCCAUGACAACCUCCUGACGGAGCUCCCCGCUGCCAUCGGAGAGCUGGUGAACCUGCAGAAGCUGAACGUCAGUCACAAUAAACUGAAGUCGCUGCCGCCGGAGCUAGCGCAGCUGCAGAAUCUCAAGAGCCUUCUUGUCCAGCACAACCAGUUGGAGGAAAUGCCAGACGUGCUGGGACCGCUGAGUGUUCUGGAGGAGCUGGACCUUUCCAGUAAUGGUCUGCGGAACAUUUCAGGAUGCCUUGGAGGUCUUAGCCAUCUCAGUCGGCUCAACCUGUCCAGCAACAAGCUAAAAUCCCUUCCUGCUGAAAUCAGCUCCUUAAAAAGCCUCAGACAGCUGGACUGCACAUCAAAUCUGCUGGAGGACGUGCCCACUUCUUUAGCUGGAAUGGAUUUUCUGGAGCAGCUGUACCUAAGACAGAACAAGCUGACGUUUCUGCCUGAGCUUCCCAACUGCAAGCUGCUGAAGGAGCUGCAUGUUGGUAACAACCAGAUAAAUACUCUGGGCCCCCAGCACUUGUCACACUUGAGUGGUCUCAUUAUACUGGAGCUGCGGGAUAAUAAACUGAAGAGCUUACCUGAUGAAAUAGCUUUGCUUAAAGGACUGGAACGGCUGGACUUGACCAAUAAUGACCUGAGCAAUCUGCCCAAUUCUCUUGCAAAUCUUCCAAAUUUAAAAUCGCUUCAGCUGGAAGGAAAUCCCUUGAGGGGCAUUAGGAAGGAUCUUCUCAGUAAUGGUACCCAGAAGCUACUGAAGUAUCUAAGAGGCAGAAUUCAAGUCCCAGAUCCAAAGUCUGAACAGGGAGAGGCUGCUGCAGUUACAGCUAUGACAAUGCCAAGUGACGCCCUUGUGAAUACUCAUGCCCUUGCCACAUUGAAGACCUUAGAUUACAGUGAUAAGCAAGCUCUGGCCAUACCUGAUGCCGUCUUCAAUGCAAUCGGGAGUUCCCCCAUCGCAAUUGUAAAUUUCAGCAAAAAUCAGCUGACGGAAGUUCCUUUAAGGAUUGUAGAACUGAAAGAUUCAGUGUGCGACGUUAAUCUCGGCUUCAAUAAAAUCCCAACAAUUUCACUAAAUUUGUGCAUGCUACACAAACUAAAGCACCUAGAUAUGAGGAACAACUUACUUGGGUCUCUCCCUGAUGAGCUGGAGGCGCUGACUCAGCUGCAAUCGAUCAUCCUUUCUUUUAACAGAUUUAAAACCUUCCCUGAUGUUCUGUACCGGAUCCCCACACUGGAGACUAUACUCAUUAGCACCAAUCAGAUUGGAUCCAUCGAUCCUCUGCAAUUAAUUAAGCUUACCAAACUCUCCACCUUGGACCUCCAGAAUAAUGACCUCCUGCAAAUUCCUCCAGCCCUGGGAAACUGUGAAAAUCUAAGAUCUCUGAGCCUGGAAGGAAACCCUUUCAGAAACCCCCGAGCUGCUAUUUUAGCCAAAGGGACGGCAGCUGUUCUUGAAUAUCUACGGAGUCGCAUCCCCACCUGAUCGAUGGAAAAUAGGGGCUUUUAGGACUGUCCGUGUGACAACAUGCUUAGCUGGAAGUGAUUGUUCUGACCUUCACAAGUUUUACUGCCAUAUAUCAUCUUCAUACUGUGAGUAGAGGUUAGUGGAGGGGGACAGGCCUCUUCUGCCCAACAUAUAUAAAUUAAAUUUACUCCAGUUUUCUGAAAUCUAUGCCAGGCCACUAAGGGGCAGUAUUUACAAUAUGGCCCCUUAUAUUUAUUUUUCUCCCUGUACUUUGAUAUUAUACCUACCCAGUAAUUUCUCUGCCUAAAAUAUUUUACAAAUGUCUGCUCUUUCGCGUAAUAAUUUUUCAUGACUCCAUUUAGUCGCUCCUCUCUGCUUAAUUCAAUUUAAAGAGCAUCUGCCAGCAGAUUUGUACCUAUGACACCGGCUGACCUGUUACAUGUGCACUUUGCAGCUGAAGGCAUCUGUGUUGGUCCCAUGUUCAUAUGUGCCCGCAUUGCUGAGACAAAUGUAUGUUUUAUUAUAUACAAAUGAGCCUCUUGGAGCAACGGGGGCGUUACUAUUACACCUGGAGGCUCUGCUCUCUCUGCAACUGCCGUUUCCUUUGCACUUUGACAGGGUCAGGCACCGAAAACCUCAUCACACCCGAACCUGUCAUGCAAAGGGCUUGGCAGUUGCAGAGAAAGUGUACAUGCAACAGGUCAGCCAGUUUCAUAGGAAAAAAAUCUGCCGACAGAUGCCCUUUAAGGGAUACUCCACUUUUAUUCAUCACGUCAUGUUAUUAAUUUACACGUAAUAUUGGCUAACUUUUGUUGUCAACUUGAGGAAAAUCUUUAUUUUUAUUUUUAUUCCACAUCAUGAGCUGCAUCACAGCUCAGCUUGGUGCAGAGACCUGAUCAGAUCUCUCUGUACUGCAUUGUGGAAGAAUGCAACAGAGAGAGAACUCAGUACAGAUACUAAACCAGCAGGGGCUGCUGGUAAACCUGAGACCAAACUUAAAAGGAAAACCAAAAGAAUUGUGAUUGCAGCUUCGGUUAUGAAUGGCGUUAUAUGGCAUGUUAUGACUCAAGAUCCACCCAAGUCAGCUGAUAGUCAGCAUGUGAAUGAAGUGCUGCUGUACAGACAUUUUUAUCCUUCCAACAUCCAAUGUGACAUUUUCAGCUUUUGGCUGGCGUUCUUCUUUAAGAUGGAGCACAAAGGAAAACUUAGAAAUAAGAACAUUGAGCACUUGUGUAAUAAAAGAAUUCUCACUUUCUAUAAAUGCAACGAUGAACAUCGUUUUGGUUUUCAGUCCAAAAUUCUAUUCUGAUUUUAGAAUUUACCUUUAUAGCAGUCGGAACUCCAUUUUCCUUUAAUCUGCUCUAUAAACAUGAUAUGAACACAUUUUGCCUGCUGCUGCCACUAGGGGGCGCUUACUUCAUGCAAAUUUAUUUAGCUCUCACUGAAUUCAAUAAUAAUUUCUAUGCAGUGAGCUCCCCCUAGUGGUGACACUUCACCGGGAACACACACCUAUAUACUGUCAUACAGAGGAUUCAGAAGUUGUAUUCUCGCAAAUGUUUGUUUUGCUGUCAAUGUGGCUGCCUAACCCGAGUGUGUAUAAUUUUUUUUUUUUUUUUUUUGUAAUGCAACAUUUUCUAUGGAAAAAGUGCAAAUAUGUGUGAACUAGAGGAAAUGGACAUCUCGCUGCUCUGUGUUCAGCCAAGCAUGUGACACUAAAUGUUUAUCAGUAAAACCUAUUGCCUAUUGGACAUCUAUGGCACAUUGCUGAAGUUUUUAAAGAGGUAUUCCGACAGCAGGGGAUGGCAUAAGUGUAACUUGCUGAUCUGCGGCGUCUGACUUCCAGGAACCCCACAGUCAGGUACAUAAAGGGGCUGCCUGGGAGCAGUGGCACUAUGCAAGGACAAAAUUUAACAGCAGGGCAGAAAUGUCUUUCAUGGUUUCCCUUUUUAGGUGUUUUAUUUCUUCCAAAACUUUUUUUUGGUUGUUGUUUUUGAGAGGGGGUGGAGGAGAGCCAAAGAAAAACAGUGGUGAGAUGUUAUAAAUUGCUUUACAAACAAUUUUUGUACUGCCGUUCUUGGUGUUCGUCUUUAGGCUUUUUUUUUCCCAAGCUGCAGCAUGCUCUUGGUAUGGCAUUUUUCAGACUUGAUCAUGAGGGUGACGGGAGUCUGUCCCCCACAUAUCUGAAAUUGAUGACCUAUCCCGAAGAACUGCACAGAGAGUUGUUCAGUUUGAGCUACACAAGAAGCAAUGGCAGAAUUAUGUGACAACCUGCACUUACCCUUUCAACCUGUUCCUUGUGGACUUGCAUAGAAAAUCACGGAGAAAAUUCAGCAGUUUUCACAUUGGCCACUAGAUGUCACCGCAGUAGUCAGAUCUUGUUGUACAACCUGCUGUGAAGAAAUAUCUCGAACUGACAAUGAUUUUGAUGUAUUGCACUAAAACGAAAGAAUCUAUUCAGCCACGACUUGUACAAUAAUCUGACAUUUUAUUUUGUACAAUACUUUUUUUUUUUCUAUACGUUAUUGAAAACACUUGAAUACUGAAAAAGUUAGAACUUCAAAGCCUUAAAAAUGGGCCCCUGCUGUACAUGGCACAGCGUUGAUCUAGUCCCUGUAUUUGGUUGUAUAUACAGAAAGCAUCUCCAAAAGUUUGUGCCCCCUCCAUCUACAAAGUCCCCAAUUCAGUCAUUUCUAGCAUAUAUUUUUCAGCUAGAAGUAUACAUGUUGCCAUGUGCAAAAGAACCAAACAAGAAAAUUUAUUGCACAGAAUCAAUAAAGUGUAAAAUAUAAAUAUAUAUAUAUAUCCCCCUCUGCAGGUACAGGAAAAGCAGCGGUCAAGUUCAGUAAAUUUUCCAUACUUCAAAAACGUGUAAUACAUUCACAGGUUAUUGGAGGGAAGCGGUGAGGACACGCCACCGCUUUAUCUACAUCCACAUAAUGAAAAGUACAUUGGUCUUUAUUAUAACAGAGAAUUUUUUUUAAACGCUUACAAAAUGACAAAUCUUCAUAUUUAACCCUAAAUCACAACUUUUUGUUAAAAAAAAACUUUUUUUGUACCUGCAUCAAUUUUAAGCAUUCUGUACACACUUUCUAAGCACAAUUUCUAGAUAUAUAAUUUUUUUUUUAUGCAUAUGAAAGCUUGACUUUCAAUAUUAAAUAAAUCCCAUUCCAGUC